GGCCUAGCAGCAGGCAGCUACCAACGUGUAUUUUCACCUCAGGAGGCCUCCAGCCAACAAAACUAAACCAAACGCAUCGGUAUCGUCGGCGAGGUUUGACAGCGAGAAAUGGCUUCAGGUUGGGGGAUCACCGGAAACAAGGGCAGAUGCUACGAUUUCUGGGUUGACUUCAGUGAAUGCAUGUCUCGUUGCAGAGAGCCCAAGGACUGCGCUCUCCUGCGCGAGGACUACCUUGAGUGCCUCCACCACUCUAAAGAGUUUCAAAGAAGAAACCGUAUUUACAAGGAGGAGCAGCGUAAAAUACGAGCAGCUGCUCGGACGACCAAGGACGGUGGAGAUGGCAUUGAUAGCCAUCAUGCAUGACCAAUAAUUGAUCAUCUUUUGAAAUUCUAGUACUAAAGAACAUGUCAAGAUGUAUUUUUCAUUCAUCUGAUGCUGAUAUUCAGACUGUGUUCAAGUGAUUCUGCUUUUGUUUAUUUGAGAAUCGAAAUGCAAAUGUGGGUCUUUUUGAUUUGUGCAAUAACAUGAAGUUAUGUGUUUCAUAAAA